AUGAGGACGCUAUGCCUCUGUAACUCAAUUACCGCGCAUUGUGUUCGUGCCUGUGGGUACCACGCGACGCACACGAUUUACCGUGUGCACGAUGACAACAACGAUGACGGCAACGGCAACGACGACGCGAAGGUGCAGCGCAACCAACUUGCCCACGGUACGGAUCAAGGCCAUAACUCCUGCGUAUGCGUUACAGGCUUUCAAAGCAAUUUGUCUUCAAUUAUCGAGAGACACGCUCUCGGAAUGGAAACGGACGAAAAAAUGUCGAGAAGUGCUCGGGAUCUCUCAACCCCGUCAAUUCUCAGAGAUUACACACAGACUUCUGGGAUUUCUUCCCUUCCACUCCGCAGUUUUGUCUUCCCUUCAUCAUGUCUCGGAAUUCUGCCAUUGCAUUCGCAACCGCAAUGCUUGAAGGACCACCUUCCGUAUCAAAAUGGCGUCGUUAUCGAACAAGAAUGAACAGAAAAAAAUGUAAUUGAAUAAUUUUUACCUUUAUACAAGACUAGCAAAAAAUAUUCUGGCUUCUUUGCUGAAUACAAACUUUACUUGUCUGAGAAUAAAAAUACAGGAGGUGUAAAAUAAAAAGUACCUUACAAUUAUAGUAAAUUCAUUCAAGAUUUUACCUUACAAUAAAAUAAAUUAUAUUAACUGUAAGUAUAAACAAUUCUCAACAUUUACUUCAUGAAAUAUAACAAGUACCUUCAUAGAAAAAAAUGUUUGAUUGAAUUAAUUAAAAUUUUUGGUGGAAAUUUGGAAAAUGAACAAUCCAGAAUUCUAGUUAAAUCUACAAGAUUUCUGGUAAAAUCUAUUAAAAUUUUAGUUGAAAUAACCAACAUUCAAUAGAUUUAACUAGAAAUCUAUAGAUUUAAGCAAAAUUCUUGAUGGUUUAUUUUCCACUAGAAUUCUAGUUAAUUCAACCAAACAUUUUUUUCUCUUUACAGUAUGAUUAUACGAUAAUCGCUUUAUUAGAAUAGUAAA